GAGCAGAGCGCGACGGGGCGAGAAGCAUGUGGGUGUUUGGUUACGGCUCCCUCAUCUGGAAGGUGGAUUUCCCCUACGAGGACAAGAUGGUCGGGUACAUCACGGGCUACAGCCGGCGCUUCUGGCAAGGCAGCACGGACCACCGCGGGGUGCCGGGCCAGCCUGGAAGAGUUGUGACACUAAUUGAAGACCCUGAGGGCUGCGUCUGGGGAGUUGCAUACAAACUGCCACUAGGACAAGAAGGCGAAGUAAAAGCGUAUCUUGAUUUCCGAGAGAAAGGUGGCUACAGGACUACAACUGUCAUUUUCUAUCCCAAAGAUCCCUCAGUGGAGCCUUUCGAUGUGCUGUUAUAUAUUGGAACCUGUGAAAACCCUAGCUACCUCGGGCCAGCACCUCUAGAAGAAAUUGCCCAGCAGAUUGUUAACGCUGUCGGUCCCAGCGGAAGAAACACAGAAUACUUGUUUGAACUCUGCAACUCCCUCAGGGAUCUUGUACCAGAAGAUGUAGAUGAACAUCUUUUUACUUUAGAGAAACUAGUAAAGAAACUCUUGGAACAGGAACAAAAAAACCUUAAUUCCAUAUAAAAAUCACAUGUGGUUUCAAACGGUCAAGUCGCUUCAUCUUCAGAAUAGCGGUUUCAUUUCCGACAAGUAUAUACUUUGGAGAUGUUUCAUCAGGACUUUAAGAUAUUCAUUUUCAUGUUUCAUUCAG